AGUAGGGGAAAAAGGCUUUCGACAUAAAAAACCCCUUAUUACAUUUUCAUUGGCACAAUUAUUCAAUGACAGAUACGAGCAAUGAGUGCUUCGCGAGUAGCAAAUCCAUCAAUGCCAUCAACAUUUUCUACGUUUCCUGAUAAUUCUUCUCCAUCUUCGUUUCGGUCUCGAGAUUCAAGCUUUAGUAUAUAUGUACAACUGACAGUUGCAUCAUUCCUAUGUUUGUGCUUUGGUUACGUUUAAAACCUUUAAUCUAGAAGAAAUAAAUAUGACAUGAACAUUUUCUUUACGGAACAUUCGUAUGAUGCAAGAAAGGGGGGAAAUGUUAUACGAUUUUAAGCAACAGUGAUGCCGCGUUGUGUGGAAGGUUUGAGAUUGGACUUGAACGAGGGAAGACUGAGGUACGCGCGAUGGCUGACGAAAUCAGAGGAAGACAAUUGGACCGAGUAAAAGAAGAAGUGCUUGUGCGAAAACUGAAAACCAUAAAAGUCGACGAAAUCAAGGAUUUCACGAAUUCUUGGGAUAUAGUAACAGAGUUGAAAAAUAUAAACAACGAUUUUGCGGAUAUCAGUUACGUGUAUGGCUGGGUACCUACCACAAAAGAUGCGAUUCUUUUUGAUUUUUGUGUCAUCUUUGGCGAUCAACUUUCAAUGUGGCCACACUUGCAAAGAUGGUUCAACCAUAUCAAAAGCUUUAGCCAAGUUGAACGCUUAGCCUUUCCUGAUCCGAAAGGACCUGCCACUUUGUUGGCAAACAGGGUUGAUUCCAUAAACAAACUUUGUCUUCCUGAUCAUAAUAGGAGAAAUCGAAAGAUAGCAGAGGAGAUUGACAAAUUGUCGGAGGUGAAAACUGAAUCCGGGGCAGAAAAGAAUGCUGCACCGUCAAAGGUUAUUCUGAAAACGCCGAAAGGUACAAGGGAUUACGGUCCUGAACAGAUGACACUACGGCUUGGAGUAUUGGAUAAAAUAAUAACAGUAUUUAAAAGACACGGCGCGGAGACUGUAGAUACACCUGUCUUUGAAUUAAAGGAAAUUUUAACAGGAAAAUAUGGAGAAGAUUCGAAACUGAUUUAUGACUUAAAGGACCAAGGUGGAGAAAUCUUGUCCCUCAGAUACGAUUUGACUGUACCUUUUGCUAGGUAUUUGGCUAUGAGUAAAAUUUCUUCCAUCAAGAGAUAUCACAUAGCAAAAGUUUAUCGACGAGACAAUCCGGCCACGACAAAGGGCAGAUACAGAGAAUUCUAUCAGUGCGAUUUCGACAUAGCCGGCCAAUACGAUCCGAUGAUACCUGACGCCGAAUGCAUUCGUAUUGUAUCUGAAGCGCUACAGUCGUUGAAUAUAGGACCUUAUACGAUCAAAUUGAACCAUAGAUCGUUACUGGACGGUAUAUUUUCUGCGUGUGGUGUUUCGCAGGAUAAGUUUCGUGGCGUCUGUUCCGCGAUCGAUAAACUCGACAAAACUCCAUGGCUAGAAGUGAGGAAGGAAUUAGUGGAAGAAAAAGGGUUGGACGAAUCGAUUGCUGAAAGAAUUGGAACGUACGUAUCGCGGUCCGGUGGAGUGGAACUUAUCGAUCAACUGAAAAACGACACGGCUCUGAUGGAACACGAAUCCGCGGUGAAAGGCUUGGAAUCUAUGGAACUGUUGUUCAAGUAUUGCAACAUUUUCCAAGUACAGGACAAAGUAACAUUUGAUCUUAGUCUCGCUAGAGGGCUCGAUUAUUAUACGGGUGUAAUAUUCGAAGCAAUAUUGACCGGCGACGACGUUGGCGUUGGUAGCGUUGCGGGCGGUGGACGUUACGACGAUUUGGUGGGAAUGUUUGACAGUAAGAAAAGGUCGGUUCCGUGUGUUGGUCUAUCGUUAGGCGUGGAACGCAUCUUCAGCGUCCUGGAAGCGAAAUUGAAUCGCGACGGUUUAAAGACACGUACCACAGAAGUCCAAGUGUUUGUGGCAAGUGCGCAAAAGAAUCUACACGAGGAAAGGAUGCGAAUUUUAUCUACCUUUUGGGAUGCUGGAUUCAAGGUUGAGCAUUCGUACAAAAAGAAUCCAAAAUUAUUGGGGCAGUUACAGCACUGCGAAGAGAACGAUAUACCGUUAGCUGUAAUAAUCGGUGAAGGAGAAUUGGCAAGGGGCGAAGUUACUUUGAGAGAUGUUGCGUCUCGCAGAGAGGUCUCAGUUUCUCGAACAAAUUUAAUCGAAGAGAUAAGAAAAAGGCUAGAAAGCGAUAAAUGAUAUAUUUAGACGCGUAAUUACGAUCCCGUUGUCGAGACGGGUACGUAUAGUCGCGUCUUUGUAAUUUAAAUGAUUUUUUAAUUUAUUAUAUAGAAUAGCUGAAAAUAAAAAUUGCAUUCUUUCAGAAA